CUCAACCAUAGAACGCCGCAAUGGGUGGGGGAUGUCUGUUCUACCCUGAAAAAAAGUAAUCCCUGCUGCGAUCAGAAACGCAGUUACUCUCCUCUUGGAUUAGCACGCAGUUCUACUGGAGGUAGGAGAUAAAAUAGUUAGUAUGCAAGAACAAUUUGAAUAAAUGGAGUCUUUUGAAAGGAAAUUGUAUCAGCGCUUGCUGUUUUUUGCGGUUUUUCUUCCAAUCUCAGGUAUUUUUUGUUUUAGUGAACUAUUUUUUAUCAAAGAGCCCCAUGAUGUUACCGUCAUGCGGAAGGAUGUUGUUAUAUUGGACUGUCAGGCGCACGGAGAGUCGCCAAUUGGAAUCAGGUGGCUUAAAAAUGGACUAAAAGUUGCAGAGAACGAGCGCUUCUACAUUCUCUCCAAUGGUUCACUUUAUAUUUCGGAGGUGGAGAGCAGAAGAGGAGACAAAUCAGAUGAAGGGUUUUACCAAUGCCUUGCUCAGAACAAAUAUGGAGCCAUCCGGAGCCAGAAAGCCCAUCUUACAAUCGCAAGUAUCUCCCCUUUUACAAAUCAGCCAAAGUCCAUUGUAGUGACUGAAGGAUCAGUUGCCCGCUUCGCCUGCAAAGUCACUGCUAGCCCUCCUCCCAUCAUCACCUGGGAGUUUAAUCGGGUCACAUUACCCCUGGCAACUGAAAGAAUCACAGUCUUGCCGACCGGCGUUAUGCAGAUUCAUGGGGUGGAAAAGGGGGAUGCUGGGAAUUAUCGUUGUGUGGCUACCAACAUCGCAAACCGUCGCCGGAGUACAGAGGCAACCCUCACUGUCACUCCAGUUCCAAGCCCUAGACUGCUCCAAAGGCCUCGUAUCAUCGCCGGGCCCCAAAAUGCCACCGUGUCUCUACACCAGAAUGCAAUUCUAGAAUGCAUGGCUACGGGAAAUCCCCGUCCCCUCAUCUCCUGGAGCCGAGCCGACAGCAAGUCCAUCGACGUGUUCAACACCAAGGUUCUGGGCAACGGCAACCUCAUUAUCUCCGACAUCAAACCCCAACAUGGAGGAGUCUAUGUGUGCAGAGCCACUACCCCUGGCACACGCAACUACUCCAUAGCCACAGCCAACAUCACGGUGCUAGCACCUCCGUCCUUGGUGGAGUGGCCAGAGAGCCUGACCCGUCCUCGCGCAGGCACUGCGCGCUUUGUGUGCCAGGCCGAAGGAGUUCCACUGCCUCACGUCACCUGGAUGAAGAACGGAGAGAAGGUCCACUCCAACGGACGCAUCAAGAUGUACAACAGUAAACUGGUAAUCAACCAGAUCAUCCCUGAGGAUGAUGCCAUCUACCAGUGCCAGGCGGAGAAUGAGAAGGGCUCUGUCCUGUCCAUGGCCCGUCUCAUCGUGGUGAUGUCAGAGGACCGGCCCAGUGCACCCAGGAACAUCAGAGCCGACACAGUAUCCAGCUCUGCCAUCCUGCUGGCUUGGGAGAGGCCCAUGUACAACUCAGACAAAGUCAUUGCCUACUCUGUACACUACAUGAAGGCUGAAGGCUUGAACAACGAGGAAUACCAGGUUGUCAUUGGCAACGACACAACCCGGUACAUUAUUGACGACCUGGAGGCAGCGCGGAACUACACUUUCUACAUUGUGGCCUACAUGCCCAUGGGAGCCAGCCGCAUGUCAGACCAUGUCUUCCAGCACACCCUGGAGGAUGUGCCUCUGCGUGCCCCAGAACUCAGCCUCACCAGCCGCAGCCCCACAGACAUCCAGAUGUCCUGGCAGCCCCUGGCAGCCAAGCUGAGCCGCGGCCGGGUCUCGGCCUACCGUCUGUCCUACCGAACUAGUGCCGACCAGGCCAUCACCCAGCUGGAGCUGGCCGGAGAGAAGACUCAGCAUCUCCUACAGGGCUUGCAUCCCGACACCAUCUACCUGGUCCGCAUCGCUGCCGCCACCGGUGUGGGCUGGGGAGAACCGUCCGCCUGGACGUCGCACCGCACCCCAAAGGCGUCUAGCGCCAAAGUGCCUCUGGCCCCCGAGCUGCAGUUGGAGCCUCUGAAUUGCACCACCAUCACAGUGCGCUGGCAGCUGGCACCAGGAAAUUCAGCCAGCGUCCAGGGCUACAGGCUGUUCUACCACGAGGAGAGCCAGGCAGAGAGUUCCCCCAUCCAGUUACGUACCCAGGACAGCCGGCACACCAUUGGAGGCCUGGACCCCAGGAAGAAGUACCACGUAAAGCUCCUGGCGUUCAAUUUCAUGGGAGACGGCUACCAGGCGGACCAAACAAUCAGCACCCCUGGAUGUGUCUCGCUUCGUGAUCGGCUGGUGCCCCCCCCACCCCCACCCCACCACGUGUUCGUCAGGGCCAACAGCUCGUCUGCCGUGCUCCUUCACUGGGGGCGUCCAGCCUUCAUCUCCAGUCAGAUGGUCAACUACACCAUCCGAUGUAACCCAGUGGGCCUUCAGAAUGCCUCCCUUGUGCUCUACCUGCAGACUACUGAGCAGAACAUUUUAGUCCAAGACCUUGAGCCCAACACCAGGUAUGAGUUUGCUGUCCGCUUGCACCUCGACCAGCUUUCCAGUCCCUGGAGCCCAGUGGUCUACCAGAGCACUCUGCCAGAAGCACCUACUAUGCCUCCGUCAGGUGUGAAAGUGACAAUGAUUGAGGAUGACACUGCGUUGGUGUCUUGGAAACAUCCAGAUGAGCCCAACUUGGCAGUGACACGUUACACCAUCCUCUACGCUUCCAGAAAGGCCUGGGUAGCUGGGGAGUGGCAGGUGCUGCAGAAAGAAGGGAGCAUCACCAUGGCUCUAUUAGAUAACCUGCAGCCUGGGAACAUCUACCUGGUCAAGGUUUCCGCUUCCAAUCAGAUGGGAGAUGGUCCGUUUUCACAUGCAGUGGAACUGGUUGUACAGAAUGAUGGCUCCUCCUCUGGUCACAACCCCAGGCGCUCCCAUGGCUCAGCUACAGUAUUCUCUGGUGGCUUCUACCACCUGGACCAGAAGUCGAUGACAGGGAUCAUUGUGGGGGUUUGCAUUGCACUGAUCUGCAUCAUCAUCUGUGCCUUCAUCCUCGUCUGCAGGGGCAGACACAGGAAAUCAUCAGCUUCUAAAGCCAUCAGGCAGGGGGCAGCUCAGGCCCUGUCAGCUGCAGCCCAGCUGGGCUCUGAGGGCCAGAUUGAACAUCCUGAUGUCAUGGUGCCAAUGGUGAGAUCAGACCACUUCAUUGAUGCCAAGGGUGGAACAAAUCUGAUCAUCAAUAGUCUAGGACCAGUGUAUCCAAGCACUGAGAAGAAAAAUAAGUGGUUUUCCUUCAGAAGCAAGGACAAACCGAAUGAACAAAGCAGCCAAAUCCAGAGAAUAAGCCAUGGGAUCUGCUCGUACCAGCCAGGGGUAACAGUGCUGUUCUACAAGGAUGAGUCUCCGUCGUCACCCAACCAGCCCUCCUCCCUGCAGGCCCUGUUUGGCCCUGGCGGUGACCCAGAGGGGUCCUCCAGCAGCGAGGGAAGCCAUGAGACAGGCGACUCGGGACGCUACUCUCACGACGAGACAGAGAUGACAAACCUGUCCUCCGGCCAAAGCAGCCGUCCCGUGUCUCUGAGGGCGGAGGGGGGCGGGGGGUCGACCUGCUGCCCUGCCCAACAGGGGGAGGGGGCAGGGGAGCAGUAUCACCUAAACCUUGAAAUGGGAGACUACACGGAGAAACCACGUCACCAUCACCGCUAUCUGGCCUCAGAAAAUGCCCUGUCUGUGCUUUCACUCUAGAUGUCUGUGCCCCCCCCCAAUCAAUCCCCCAAUCCUAAACCCACCACUGUUCUAAAAGACAAUGAGCAGGAAACCAAAAAUCCAGAAGGCCUUUGGAAGAACUGGGCUCCAAUUUGAGCUCUGGUCAUUUCUAUAAAAUUAUUUUCUUCAAGUGAAUGUGUACCAUUUAUUCUAAAUGUUUGUAUGUGUUUAAAAGAAAUUCUCACCCACCAUGAAUGUUUCAAAAGAUUGUAAAAAAAAUGGGAAAUGUUACUUUCUGACAUUAUUUAAGAGAGUUUAUCACUGGAGCAAGGGGGAGAGUGAGCCCUUCUUUUGCUGUUUAUCUACCUCAGUUUACCUCUUGGUAAACUCCAACUAUAUAUGUAUUUAAAAAUAACAACAACGUAUACUUAAGCUAUGAAAGGGGCUUCUUCCCUUACAUAACAACUGUUUCUUCCCAAUUGCAAUAGUUUGUUUUUGCUAGGUAAGAGUCAUCCAAUAUUUGUUUUCCUCCUUGUUUGUCCUGAAGUACAAGAUUGUAAGGGUACUGCAGAUCUGGCUUAAAGCUUUGUUAUUGUCUUUUAUCACAAGUUAAGAGGAUUAUUUCUCAAGAUUCUUUUCAAGAAACUUUGAGUCUUUGGCUAUGGUAGAUUGAGGGAUAGUAAUAUAUAGUACAGAAUUUGUUGAAAUUCAAUAGUGAGCCAGUAUUUUCAAACAAUGUAUGUUAUGUCAGCUUAUCCAUUAUAAAAAGGCAUAAGGAUUAUGAAUGUCUAGUAUUACCUGCUUUGUUUGUCGGUGUGCAGUUACCCUUACAAAUCCUGUUUUAUACUACCUCUUUUUAAGCAUUAUUGUUUUGUGUUUUUAUUCUCCUAAACUCAGGGAACAAGGUUUAGUACAUUUGAAAAGCCAUGUGUUGUGUGCCAUGGUUGACUGACAGGGUAUCUUCUUAGUGCUGAACUGCUCAUUGUAGAUGGUAGUUGCCAUAGAUCUGUUAUGAAUGUUUCUCUAAAAUAUUGUGCCAGUUAAGACUCAAAGUUGUGAUGCCCUCCUCACAGGUGGAAAAACCUUCUUGGUAUGAUUUCAGAUGGAAUGAUUUGUCUGUAGUAUGGCAGGCCAUCUUUUCUUGAUUCAUUUCUUUAUUGUUCUUCUGAGAAAAAUUAUACCAGAAAUGUUUGUGCUUAUAUGUUUCAAUAGAGCAGACGCUUUAUAAAUGGCCUUAAUGUGGAAAGAGACCCUCAGAUGUCAGAGACCAGCAGAAAGUCUCCUAUACCAAAGCUAAAACCAUAUGAGGUCUAACUCUUUCACAUGAUGGGGAUGGGAAAAAUGCAAAGAACGAUUGUUGAAUGCUAACAUUGUUAAAUCAGCGCUAUGGGAGUGAAGAAUGAAAACGAAACAUAAUGUUGGCUGAUAUGUACUAAUGAAUACAAAAUAUAGUUACUUUUGUUCUUGAAGUAGUUGAUGCUUUACCAUAGAGUAGAAAAUGAAGUUUAGCACUUGUCUGUCGGAUUAGUUUUUAUUUUAUUUUAUCACAAGCAAAUAUGCAGCGGUGACUGAUGCUAUCAUACAAAAGAAUUGUUUGCUCCCUCUGUUUUUGAUCUCUCAGCUGGUCCCUGGGAACCGGAUCAUGAUGAGUUUCUUAUGUAUCAGUCCAAAGAUCAGCUGAAAUGCUGCUUCUGAGACAAAGCCUUGCACAUGUGUGCCCUGUUCUGUGACCAGAUUAGUGAAGUUGUGGAUUAUCUCUCACAAAGUGCCCCAAGGAUUUUGGGCCCUUUAUGGUGGUUAAAGUGAGAAUUAUAAUCAAUACUAUGCACAUUAACUAAAUAAUCUUAUCGUUGGUUUCCUUUAGAGCUUUGCUGUUGCAACUGGAUAGGUAAAUUUUAGGGGAUACUUGUAAACAAAGAUAUAUACAGUAUAUUAUAUUGAUUCACGUCCCGCAUUGCAAUAGUAUUUUCAAUCCAAGGAUUCCUGAAUAUUUGCAUGAAGUGUUACACAAUCAAUUUUCCUUCCUUUUGAAUAGCAAACAAUGUAUACCAAAGAAUUCAGGUCACCGUUGCACAUUGGCAAGAGAUCCAGUAACUUUAGACCCAUAUCGUUGCAUGACAUUUUGUUCCAUGCAUAGAUAUGUAUGGUUCCAAAAGCGUUAUUCCCAUUUAGGUUUAGACUUCCUAUAAAAUGGGUUCCUCUAGACCACAGAUCAAGAGAAAAGUGGUACACUGUUUUUUUUUUUUUUAUAACAUUAUUUUUUUAUAUUUGAAGCAAAAAUAAAUUGACAGAUUUCUCUACAUUCUUUUUUACUUUUUCCUCUCAGGAAGAGACAUGUAAAUGAUCAUUAUUUCAAUAGGGUCUUGUAUACCCCAAUUUUGAGAGUACAAGCUGAAUUUUGGUUUUACCUAGAUGCCUAAUAUGUAUUAAUGUUUGAGAAGAAUUUGAAUACCCCCUUAAACUGUUGUAGACAAGCAUUUAUCAGAAAAUCUGUGUUAAACUGUCAUGUCCAUAUUUUAUAUGUAAUAUUUUAGCUGUUUUGCUUUUUAUUUUCAAGUGUAGUUUCCUGCAUUGUUAUAUUUUCCAGUGACUGCAACCAACUGUGAUAACAACUCAAAGUUGGAAUAGACAAGCUAUUGUAAAGCAGUUGCUACCAGAAAUGUUGUUGUAUUUCAUGCCAUUCUAGUCUUUUUCAGAAAGAGUUCUGCCUUCUCACAUUGGUUGUGAAUGUCCAUUAGGUUAAAACCAUUGUCUACCUCAGGUUCCUCUUCCAACAGUUAUUAGAGGGGUGAUAGAUCGAAGCCACUAUGGAUGCUUGUCAGAUUUAUGCAGGAGAUGGAAGAGUGAGCGAUGCUAAUCCAGUCCAAUUUUUCUAGUUUCAAGAGUUUUCACCUUUUGUUAAAAUGUAGUUAUUUUCUGAACAUGUAAAUAUAAAAGGGAUGAAGUAGAGGGUGCAGUGUUAAUGUUGAUUCUUGAGUCCUUGUUUCUGCAGCCACAUUUUUCUGUAAUGGUUGUGCUGCUGGCUUUAGUUGCAAUGAUGUAGCGCUGUGGUUCAUUAAAAGUUUAACUCAGGGGAACCCACAGCUGCUUCAGUUGUAGUAAGAGCAAGCACAGGCCUUUGAAAUUGAAUGUACGUUUUUGUAUUUUUUUCACCCAUGUUAUUUUCCCUUUUUUCUGUUUGCUCAUUGUCUUUGAUCAUAAAUACUAACUGCUUUUCUUUUAGGUUUUCAGUUAAGACUGGGAGCUUACUGCAACCUUGUUCAUGCCAAAAAUGUUACACUUGUUACAAAUUAUUUAACAAUAAAUAACAAUGAGAACAGUUGAUUCCCAGUUUAAAUAAAAAAUAAACCAAAGUCAUACACA